GAUCGCCGUUUUUCACUUCGUGACUCCCGGGUCUGGUUCCCAAAGAUCGGCGACCUCGUCAAAUGACUGAACAUCAUGAUACUGACACCCCGAGCCGAUCUUGCUAUCUCACUCCUCCCAGCACGCUCCAUGCGCCAAUCAAGGACGCAUUGCAUGAUCGUUAUUGCUACUAGAAUUGGCCAAUGGAGUGCGUCCCUAGUCUCCCCAAGGCAGACGUUACGCUCAGCACAUUCGUGACUUCUAUGGCCCGAUCAAAGUUUCGAUUACCGAAAGGCCUUUGGCUUGUCAGGUGACCCGAUGGAUUGGCAUUGCGACCCGCCGAGAUUACUAGAUCAAAUUACAAUGCUCGAGUUCCACUUCUGUUCUACUCUCCAGGCCGGCCGUGCAUGCUGGUAGUCACUUUCAACUGCCUAAUGCCGGUCCGACUCGACAUAUAAGAUCAUGUCAUCUACAUCUUCUCUUGUCCGCGUCAUGAAGUCUUCCUGGCGGUGCGAAUACAGCAAAUACCCACCGACUCCGAGGACAUCCGGAAGCCGCAACAGUAUAUUGCAGAGACCUUUGUGCCUAGACAAGGCCGCCGUCUCAAGGAAGAGCAUUUCUGUCUGUAAAAAUAGACAAGCUACGAACGUUGCUUUGCCGUGUGCGGAACACCCAUCAUUGAUUUUUUCAUCUGCCAACUUGUUGUUUGGCCGUCGUUGCGUCCAAUGUGACCUUGCUUCCUUCCAUCACAUGGAGCGCGUCGCCACAAACGGGUUUCGAAGACAUCCACGCGACUCUGAUUUACUGAAAACUAUUUAAAGCUCGGCGGGGACCUGCAGUGGAUGCGGUAAUUGCCCCUCACUUCUAUCACAGCCAUGAAGCAAUCGCUGCGGAGCCUCGUCUCGCUGCUCGCUGCUGCCUCCUCGAUCAGGUCCGCCUCGGCAGCGGUCUCGCAAGCAUUCGCCCCGCCGUCCCCCCGCGGCCCGCUGGUUCAGACUGCCAACUACACCGCGUUUUCGAACUCGACGCUCGAUGAUAAAGUGACCGUGGCAGGCAAGGUGUUCGAUCGCAUUAUGAUCGUGUGGCUUGAGAACACGGACUUUGCUACGGCUGCCGCGACUCCCACCUUCCAGAAGCUCGCGAAAGAGGGGAUCCUGUUCACCGAUUACAACUCCGUGACGCAUCCCUCCCAGCCCAAUUACAUCGCCUCCAUGGGCGGCGACUUCUUCGGCGCCGGCGAUGACACCUUCGUGCACAUCCCGUCCAACAUCACGACCGUGAUUGAUCUGCUCGAGGAGAAGGGCGUUUCGUGGGCCGCGUAUCAGGAGAGCAUCCCGACGGACGGCUUCUUCGGCUACAGCUACACGGCCCCGGACUACCUGGGCAAGGGUCUCAGCCCGUACACGUACUACAUGCGCAAGCACAAUCCGCCUAUGAUCUACGACGCGGUCGCCGGCGAUGCCGAGCGCGUCAAGCGCAUUCGGUCCUUCAACGACUUUGCGAAUGAUGCGGUGAACGGAACACUCCCUCAGUGGAUGUUCGUCACGCCGAAUAUGGUCAACGAUGCGCACGACACGACGAUCGACUUUGCGGCUGAGUUCCUGGACUACUGGCUUGUUCCUUUGCUGUCUGACACGCGGGUCAACGGCGACCGGACUCUGAUUCUGCUCACUUUCGACGAGACGGAGACGUACAGCGAGCAGAACACGGUCUACACCGUCGCCUUGGGCUCGGCGAUCCCGGCGAAGCUGAAGGGCACCAAGGAUGCCACCCUGUACACGCACUACUCGCUCAUCUCAACUGUCCAAGCGAACUGGGAUCUGCAGUCUCUCGGCCGGCAGGACACGAACAAGACUGUGGCCAACGUGUUCGAUUUCGUCGCACAGGAAAUCGGAUACACCAACACCAAAACCAGCCACGUGCCGCACUUCAACCUGACCGGAAUCUUCAACGGGCCAUUGAACCCGUACCAGUUCCAGAACUUCCCCGCGCCCAAUGUGUCGGCCGUGGGCGUCAGCGGCCGCCCCGUCCUCCUCCGCCCCGGGCUGGACACCAAGUUGACCGUCGACAAGCUCCCUGCUCCCGUCAACCUGCAUGCGAAGAACCGCGCGAGCCCGUACCAGAUGAACGUCGCGACGACCAGUCUGAAGAACAUCAUCCCGUGCACCAAUGCCGCUUGCUCGUGAUUGGAUUGGAUAGUGCUGUAGACAUUUGUUGUAAUCUUUGGCAGAAAUGCGAAUCUGAACGCUAUUGUGAAAUGG